ACUUUCUACCUUUCUCUCUCUAGACCACCACCAUCAUCAUCAGCGUCGGCUCAGUUUUCUCUCUCCUCAAUCCGCGCCGGGUUGAUAGCAUCUGUUAACCUAAUUCACCCUAAAUUCGAUUGUGGCUUGCAGAUCAUUAUAAACAAAACACCACGUUCUCUUGCUUUCUCAAGGAUUUCUGUUUGAUUUUCUCGAGAAAGUUAGGGUUGUCGUCGGGAGAGAUAAUAGCAGCAUGAGCUUUCAGGAUAUCGAAGCCGGCCGGCCUUUUGCUCCGAGGCGAAACCUAAUCAAUGGCAAGCAAGACCCUACACAGGCGGUAGCGUCGGGUGUAUUUCAGAUCAACACAGCCGUGUCUACGUUUCAGAGGCUCGUCAACACCCUUGGAACCCCGAAAGACACGCCCGAGCUCCGUGAAAAGCUGCACAAGACGAGACUGCAUAUUGGGCAAUUGGUGAAGGAUACAUCAACUAAACUUAAGCAAGCUAGUGAAAUAGAUCAUCAUGGUGAAGUUAAUGCAAGUAAGAAGAUAGCAGAUGCCAAACUUGCAAAAGACUUUCAGGCAGUGUUGAAAGAGUUUCAGAAGGCCCAACGGCUUGCAGCUGAGAGGGAAACAGCUUACACUCCUUUUGUUCCACAAGCAGUUCUUCCCUCAAGCUAUACAGCUAGUGAGAUAGAUGCCUCUGGUAAGAGCCAAGAACAACAGGCUCUUCUUGCUGAAUCAAGAAGGCAGGAGGUCUUGAUGUUGGAUAACGAGAUAGUGUUUAAUGAGGCUAUCAUUGAGGAAAGAGAGCAAGGCAUUCAAGAAAUCCAGCAGCAAAUUGGCGAAGUAAAUGAGAUUUUCAAAGAUCUUGCUGUACUUGUUCAUGAGCAAGGAACCAUGAUUGAUGAUAUUGGCUCCAAUAUUGAGAACUCGCAUGCAGCAACUGCACAGGCGAAAUCUCAAUUAGUGAAAGCUGCAAAGACCCAAAGAUCAAAUUCAUCUCUGACUUGCUUACUCUUGGUGAUCUUUGGAAUUGUGCUCCUCAUCGUGAUCAUAAUCCUUGCGGCCUAGUCAAAGACUGUCUAUAAUGGAUCAAACUCAACAUUUAAGAGGGGCAGCAGAUGACAUCUCCCUUGACUGAUUUUACUGAGGUUGUUUCAUCAGAUCUCACAGUUAGCUGGAGUUUGUGGCAUGUGUUGUCAGUACAUGAUGUGGGAUGCACACGAGUGAAAUAUGAUUUUGUGUGGAGUGCUUGUUCUCUUCUCCAAGUUAGUGUUUGGGUUUUAAGGAUGUACCACAAUCCGAUUGUUGGCUAACGAUUUACUUAUUUUAUUUUUAAUAAAAAAAAUUGCAUUCUUUGGAUGUACUUACCCCCGUUUAUGCAUUAGGAAGGUUGGCUAUGCUGAAUCUUUACCAAAA